ACCUGUGCGGCUGGUCACCCAUCAGGCGCGUCCCCAGGUGGCGGAUAGGGGAGCGACCGUUGCAAGGUUCAUCAGGGAUUUAUGCCUCGGCGGAAUGUUGUAGGCGUACGUCUGGAUGAACUUGUAACGGCCAAUUCGUAAAUAGCACUGUCAUUUUCGUGUAGUGUAAUAGCGAGUCGCGGACCUGACCAACACACCCAUAAUGAAAGGUCGUAAUCAGCAACGCCCCGAGUAUCCGGCGCCGAAAGGCACGGGCUUCAUAAUCUCCGGAGACCCAGUCGGUGAUGUUCCUGGGCAGUGCAUCAUCGAUGGUCCUGCUAGCUCCCAACCAAAAACAAGCCACCCAAAAAUUCACGUCGUUCAAGCCAACUUGCAUCACUGCCGCGCAGCCAUGUUUUCCAUGGAUGAGAAGCUGGCGGUGCUAAGAGGAGGCGUUGGAUUAUUUCAGGAACCCUGGGUAGUUCGACAGGAGGUGAAAGGGAUUAACCCAUCUAGGGGGAAGCUGUUCUAUAAAAAGGACAGCAAUACUAAGCACUGGCGAUUUGGCAGUUGUUAAGGUAGAUAUAAAGACCGCCAAUGGGACGCUGGAGGCGAUCUUCGCUUCGGCAUAUAUGCCAUAUGACUCCAAAGAUCCACCACCACCCGUGGAGGUAGCUCAGCUCGUGGAAGCUUGUGAGAAGAACUCCUGGGAAUUGAUUAUUGGAGCGGACGCUAAUGCACAUAAUAUAAUAUGGGGCAGCAGCGGAACCAAUAAACGUGGUGAGCUUCUGUUGGAUUUUAUUGUUACAAACAAUUUAGAAAUUGCAAAUAAAGGAGAUAAACCUACAUUUGCAAAUAGACGUAGGAAAGAAGUAAUUGAUAUUACUAUCUGCACCCCUGUUAUAUCGGGGUUAAUCGAUGGUUGGAUUGUCUCUGAUGAUCUCACUAUGUCAGACCAUUCUAGGAUCUAUUUCAACGUUGCGGCGUCUGGGGGAGAAUCCAAACCUUUUCGGAAUCCGAGGAAGGCAAAUUGGUCAUCUUUUGAGAAGUCCUUUAACGAGGGCUGGGAACGAGAUGAUAUGUCGCCAAGGAACGCAGAGGAAAUUGAGCAUUCAGUAACAGAGCUUAAUCGAGCUCUGAUUACCUCAUUUAACGACUCGUGUCCGUUAACAACGGCGCCGCUUCAGGGAAAUCGUAAGAUGCUUCCCUUGAAUUUGCGUCAAUUGAAACGGAAAACGAGGAAGUCCAUAAAUAGAGCUCGUAACACUAUGGGUGACGAGGAUUGGGAUUCAGCAAUUCAGCUGAAAAAAGAAUAUAAGAAAUCAAUAAGAAGGUGGAAAAGGGAGGGCUGGAAAAAAUUCUGCGGCGAAAUUCUGUCUGUGAAUGAAGCUGCUAGAAUUAAGAAAGCCUUUUCAAAAGACCCUUCUGAACGACUGGGCAUGCUUAAA